AAACAUUCAAAAAAAAAAAAAACAUUCCUUUUUAUUACUCUCAUCUUUUUUAGUAUCAAUCUCCAAAUGAAUUGGACUAGAGGAAAAACUAUAGGCCGUGGCUCAACAGCCACCGUUUCCGCGGCCACAUGUUACAAAUCCGGCGAAACAAUCGCCGUGAAAUCCGCCGAGUUUCACCGUUCGGAGUUUUUGCAAAGAGAAGCCAAGAUUCUCUCCUCAUUGAAUUCUCCAUACGUCAUCGGAUAUAGAGGAUGCGAAAUUACGAGAGAGCCUUUCUACAACAACGGAGAAGCUACGACUUACAAUCUUCUCAUGGAGUACGCUCCGUACGGAACGUUGACCGACGUAGCGACCAAGAACGGCGGUUUCAUCGACGAGGCUCGGGUCGUGAAGUACACGCGCCAGAUACUUCUUGGUUUGGAGUACAUUCAUAACUCAAAGGGAAUUGCGCAUUGCGACAUUAAGGGAAGCAACGUGUUGGUCGGAGAGAACGGAGAAGCAAAGAUCGCUGAUUUUGGCUGCGCAAAAUGGGUUGGACCGGAAUUAACCGAACCGGUUAAAGGAACGCCGGCGUUUAUGGCUCCGGAAGUGGCGCGUGGAGAAAGACAAGGGAAAGAGAGUGAUAUAUGGGCGGUGGGUUGUACGGUGAUAGAGAUGGUUACCGGGUCUCCACCGUGGAUUGGAGCGGAUUCGACCGACCCGGUUUCGGUUCUUUACCGGGUCGGAUAUUUAGGUGAGUCACCUGAGCUGCCUUGCUCGCUUACGGAACAAGCAAAGGAUUUUUUAGGAAAGUGUUUGAAAAAAGAAGCGAAGGAGAGAUGGACAGCGAGUCAACUACUAAACCAUCCCUUCUUGUUGAAUAAAGAACCGGAAUUGGUAACCGGUUUGGUUACGAACUCACCGACAAGUGUGACGGAUCAAAUGUUCUGGAGAUCAGUGGAAGAGGAGGUGUCAGAGGACCGUCCAAGCUGGUGGGAAUGUCACGAGGAUGAGAGAAUUGGAGUGCUAAGCUGGAUUGGUCAUGCUGUGGUGGAGUCCACAUGGGACUUGGACGGUGAGGAUUGGAUCACGGUUCGACGGAAUAAUGAUUAGUCGGUUCACAUGAGAGGAGCGUUGAUUAUUCGAUUCAAUUAGUGAAAAUAUUGUUUUAGUCUAGUAGAAGCUGAGGUUUAGAGAAAUUCAUGUACAUUUCCUAAUUCAUCAUUUUUUAUCCACAAAUCCAAAUUUUGUUAUUCAUUGAUAUAUGUUAUAAUAUAAGUCAUGAUUGAUU